AUGCACAGGCCUUUCCCGGACUUCGACAUCAACGAGAAGGACGAGAACAACUGUGCUCCCCUGCACAUUGCCAUCCUGUACGGCCACCUGGAGUGCGUCGAAGUGCUCCUCGAGCACGGCGCCAAGCAGUCUUCGUGCGAGGGCUCGCGGCCCAUCCACAUCACCGCACAGGUGGCCGCGAUGCCGCACCUGAGGCACUUCGCCGUCGACUGCACCAAGCUGCUCCUCAAGCACGGCGCGUCUGCCUACGACCGCGACGACUUCGCGCGCACGCCGCUGCACUGGGCGGCGCAGAGCGGCUGCGAGCAGCUCGCGUGCCUGCUCAUGCAGGCGGCUGAGAAGGAGAAGCACGAGCAGGAGGUGGCCUUCGAGGAGCAGAAGAAGCGCCGCGAGGAGCGCGAGGCGGCCGCCGCGCAGAACACGCAAGAGGAGGGUGGUGCGGAGGCGGCCGCGGCCAUGCAGGAGGACGAGGACGACGUGCGCGUGCCGCCGCCGCUGGUCAACAUGACGGACAAGCAGGGCUUCACGGCGAUCCACUACGCCGCGCGCGUGGCCCACUGCGACGUCCUGGGCGUGCUGCUCGGGCUGUCGUCCAAGGCGGGGGAGCACGCGGCGCAGUGGGGGCCCGCCGCGGCGGAGAAGAAGUCCCGAGCAGGGUUGACGGCGCUGCACAGGGCUGCGCAGAGCGGCUGCCUGACGUGCGUGGAGAAGCUGGUCGCCGCGCGGCCGUUGCUGAAGGGGGUCAAGUGCAAGAAGGGUCGCACGGCCGCUGAUUACGCCGCAAGGCGGGGCUACACCGAGCUGGCAGCCAAGCUCGGGAGCAGCAAGCCGGUGGCCAAGGAGCUGCCCCGCGCGUCCAAGCCCACGCUGAUCGUGGCCCCGAAGACCUGCCUCGACCACCACACCGUCGCCGAGCCCAUCAGGCGCGGGUCCGACGUGCCCCCGGAGAACGCCAACCGCCUCCGCGUGCUUCUCGAUCCCGGGAAGGGCGCUCUCCGCACGAGCGAGUUCUCGAAGGGCGUCGUCUGGGAGGAGAACUCGGGUCCGGUGGCGCUGGCGGACGUGACGCGCGUGCAUGAGUGGUCGUACAUCAAGCACAUCCAGGAGGUGUGCGCGCGGAUCACCGACCACCCCGCCGCCGUCGGACACCUGGACGGAGACACCGCGGUGUCGCACAAGACGUUCCAGGCCGCGCUUCACGCCGCGGGGGCGGUGACGCACGCCGUCGACAAGGUGAUGAACGGCGAGGUCAAGAACGCGUUUUGCGCCGUGCGUCCGCCCGGGCACCAUGCUGGGCCCACUGGCGUGGUGACGGGGGCCAAGGACCCGACUGGGUCCCACGGAUUCUGCCUGCUCAACAACGUCGCGAUCGGCGCGGCGUACGCCCUCCACGUGUACAGGCACCAGGGCAUCAAGCGUGUGGCGGUCCUCGACUUCGACGUGCACCACGGCAACGGCACGGAGGCGUGCGUGACCUCGGUCAUCCCGGCCACCCUCAAGGCGCGCUUCAAGACGCCCUUCAGCGAGGGCGUGCAGACGUUCCCGGUGUGGCGCCCCUGGCUCGACGACCAGGAUCCGGACAGGAUCUUCUUCGCCUCCGUCCAGGGUUACGGUCCCAAGGCCCCGGGCCUGGACGCCUUUGUGUACCCUGGAUCUGGCGCGACAUGCGACACCCGGCCGUCCGCCCGGUUCGCCCAGACGACCGACAGCCGCGGCGAGACCAUCGAGGAGGACCCUGAGAACGAGUUCGCGUACCGCGGCGGGGAGAUGCCGCCCACUGCGGGCCCGCGCGUGAUCAACGUGGGCAUCGACCACCCCGGCCCCGAGCCGCUGCUGUGGAAGCGCGCGUGGCGCGACAAGAUCCUGCCCGCGCUCGUCAAGUUCGGCCCGGACAUGAUCUUCAUCAGCGCCGGCUUCGACGCCCACCGCAAGGACGAGAUCAACUUUGGGUACCUCGGCGUGCUGGAGCGCGACUUCGAGUGGAUCACGGAGCAGCUGGUGCAGGUGGCCAACCGGUGCUGCCAGGGCCGGCUGGUCUCCGUACUCGAGGGCGGGUACCGCAUCCAGGGGGAGAUCGUGUCGGCGUUCGCGCGGUCCGUCGCGGCGCACGUCCGCGCGAUGAAGGAGCACCACUCGCAGGAGUGGGAUCCCGCGGAGGCCAAGUGGGAGCGCGAGAAGGAGCGCGAGUCGCUGCAGCGCCACGCGUCCACCAACCUCCUCACCACGCCGGGCCUCGACCCGCUCACGCCGUCGCACCACCAGCCGCACGGGCUCCCCCUCACGCCCAUCGCGCCCCCGGGGCUGCCCGUGGAGCCCAUGGAGAGGGGCGCGCCCGCCCUCGCGGAGAGGAAACCGGAGGCCCACGACGGCCACGUCCUGGGCGAGGUGCGCACGCCGGAGCGCGCACCUGUCGCGGGCGAAGUCCCCCACGAGGCGAAGGGCGCGCAGGGCCCUGAGAACGGCGGACAGACGCCGGUCGACCCCGCCCCCGACGCGGCCACCCCUGCGCCUGCGGCAGCUGCCGAGCAGCGUGGCACGCCCGAGGGCGGGGCGAGCGAGCCGUCUCGCAAGCGCCGUCGCGGUCCCGUGGACUACGCGGCGCUGAACAAGCAGCUCGAGGAGGAGAAGGCACAGGCGGGCAAGGGCGCGGGCGACGGGGGCGCGCAGUGA